UAUUAUCUCGGGGCGACUUAUUAAAGUAUUCUGACUGCAGCUGGAUGAUCACCCUGCAGUCCUGCGCUGGUGGACAGCACGCGGCCUCCGUCUCCUGGACAGUCCAGUGCAGAGGAAUUCAAUUACCUGGAAGCAGGGCUGACUCAUGGGCAGUGGGGCAUUGCCUGCCGGGCUGUAGGAGUGUCUUCUGCGUGCGGUCACGUCUUCUGCCAGGCUCGGUCCAGGGCGCUUUACACUGUAAGCUACAGAGCACUAUGGGUGACAGUGGACCACUCAGCUGACCUCAGACAUGUUUGCUUUGAGCUGAUUGGUUACUGCUGAGAGGUCAGAGUAAAAAAUAUAACAGUGAUUUUAUCAUCCAGUAAACAUCCUUUUCCGAAUAUUUAACCACACCGACGCCACGGUGUCACACCAACGCUCCCAGUCUGAGCUUCAGUUUCCUGAGAUUGUCGGUGUUCGGUGGGCGGAGUUUGCUGUGUGAGCUUCGAGCAUCGUUCGCCACCUGUAUUUCCUGUUCUGCCGCGUGUUUCGUGUGAACUGGUUCAGCUGCUGGUCCCAGUAAAGAUCUGAUGUUCCAGUCACGUCACAUUUAGCUGGAGGUUACAAUACAAGGUUCUGGCUGAAGAAUGUGGCGAAUCAUCAUCAUAUGUCAUUCGCGGGCGAUAACGAGUCAGAGACGAGGACGCUGUGAAUGUGCCACUUCUGGUUCUGCAACUUUGCAGCUGCAGAACCAGAAGUGUCUCCUUCUGAGUCAUUGUUUUCAUUUCUGAACACCUUCCAGGUAAAUUUGAACAUGUCUGAGUAAUUCAGCAGCCCGGGCCCUCUCUGAGAUCUGACGUCUGCUCGCGUCUGAAGCAGCUAACGGAUAAGCACGGCUCUGGAAAGAUCUUCCAGGUGAUGAGCACGGUCGUGGGCACCUGGGACCUGGACCUGAACUUGACUAAGGGCGAGCUGGUGGCGGUGAUCAGCGAGGCCGACAGCCGUGGAGACAGAAGGAGGUGGCUGGUCGAUGCAGGAGGGAAGCGAGGCUACGCUGCUGCCUCGAAACUCAUUCGCUAUCACCAGCCAACAGACGACCCGCCCCCCUCACCACACCCGAGCCUGGCAGAAGACGUGACCGCACGCAGAAGACACUCCUACAGCCCGGCAGGCAAUGCCCCACUGCCCAUGAGUCAGCCCUGCUUCCAGGUUGUGGGUGCCUACGACUUCACGGCCAGAUCCAAACACGAAGUUUCCUUCCGGGCCGGAGAACCCGUUCGUGUCCUGGAGCCUCACGACAAACGAGGGAGCCCCGAGUGGAGCCUGGUGGAGGUCAGAGGUCAGAGAGGCUACGUGCCCUCCAACUACCUGGCAAUCAUGCCCGUGGGAGCGGGGCUGCCCCCGAACCCUGGCUUCUUCCUUUAGGGGGUGGAAACUGCAGCUGGUGUCGAUGAGAGGAUGGAUGGAAGAGCCUCCCGGGAUCAGCUGUUUACAGUCUCAGUGUUAAUCCUGCCACUUUAUCCUGUUUACGACUGGAAGUGUAAAGUUUCUCCUGUGACGUUUCCUGCUUCCGCUUCCUGUGCAGCGUACACAGGAGCGAAGCUUCAGGAGCAGCAAAUGAAGUUUACUGACUUUAGCUUUAAUAAUGAAGGUUUACUGGUCUGCAGUGAUCUCCAAGAAUCAUCCAAGAACGCUCUUCAAAGAUGGCGUCUGUAACGCCAUGUAGCUCUGACGGCGUGUCACCUCAAACAGCCUGAACGUUUGGACGACGUUCGGUGUGCGGCGAUGACACAAAGCUGUUUUUAAGAUGAAGGACGAUUUUCAUGGCUGCUGUACGGUGAAGCGCUCAUUUCCCAUGAACCUCAGAGUGAUGCUGCAUACAUGCAGGGUGUGAGCUCUCUCAAGCUAACUGUAACGUGUGUGUGUGUGUGUGUGUGUGUGAACCCUCUUCACCUGCAGCAGAGCUGACGGGUACACGGCACUCUCAUCAUCUCAGACUGAGUAAUGUGAUGU